GACAUUGAUAGAAAUCAGCUGUUCGAACUUGAAGCCAACCUCAACCAAUAAAGGGCACUUAAAAACUGAUAAACACGGGGCUGCGAUGGUUAAGGGGGCCCACUGAUAGCACGCGAGUCCUAAUGUCCAAAAAAUCCGUAAACCAGAGAAGAUACGACGGCACCAGUGACCUGUUUUUAAAAGUGAAAAUCACUCCAACCUAGAAAAGAAACUUGAGGGGGCCACCCACUUUUUAUUUAUUAUUUUACCCGAAUUAUGUGGUCGUACGGUUAAAUUCAACACGGCAAACGGUAUGGGUAUGUGCUGGUGUAAAAAGAAGAACGAGGAAUUGGAGUAUGCCGCCCAUAUACCCCAGCAAGAUUCCGACUUGGUUGUGCAGGAUCGGGUGGCCGCCCCUUUAACUAGCACUCCUCCAGCUCAAGUUGUUUAUCCUGCGACCAUUCCUAACCCGUUUUUAAAACCGAAUUCUGCAUAUAUUGACCAGUUGAUUCUGGAUACACUUGGGGUUAUUGAAACACUUGUGGACAAUGAAACAGAACCUCCCAGUGCAAUGCUUCAGCUGCAUAAUAUAGCUGAUUACGAGGACGGAUGGAUUCAAGUGGUAAACUCUCUUAUUAAGGUUAUACCUUUAGCUGACCCCUUGGGGCCUUCUGUUAUAACUUUACUUUUGGACGAUUGUCCUUUGCCAUCGAAAGAAUCGAUUAUUAAGGUGGUAAACCAGUUCAAACUUUCUCGCGAAACCGCCCUGGCAGACCGAUCUAACCCGACUAGACAAAGAAACACUUGUGUCGCUUUAGGAAGUAUUGCGGAAAAACUAGCAGGGCCUAGAAACAUGGAAAUUUUAAACGAGGGCGUUAUAGAUUAUCUGUUGACCAAUUUGGAACCGGAAACGAACCCGAACGUGAUACUUUUUUCAUUAAUAGCUUUAGAGAAGUUCGCGCAAUCUAGUCAGAAUAAAGCCUCAAUUUUAAAGAGGCUCAAGAGGCUACAGCCCUCUCCGAUCCUCUCCCUGGAAGCCUGGAAGGAGGAAACUCACUACGUUAAGAGGCAGGCGGGCUUCUGUGCCCAGUGGAUCCUCGAUAACGUCUUUGUGGUCGAGGACAGGACUUACUCCUAUCAAUUGGCGAAUAUGGAGAACAUUAACGCGAUGUUAAACACCAGCGACGUGAGCGAGUACCUGAAAAUAUCCCCGGAUGGUUUGGAGGCGCGUUGCGACGCCUACAGCUUCGAAAGCGUCCGUUGUACAGCCCAAGCGGACUCGGGCGUUUGGUACUACGAAGUACUCAUCAUUACCCCGGGGGUCAUGCAAAUCGGGUGGGCUACAAAGAACAGUAAUUUCCUGAAUCAUGAAGGUUACGGCAUCGGGGACGACCGGUAUUCGCUCUCUUACGACGGCUGUAGACGACUGAUAUGGUACAACGCAAAAUCGGACGCUCAAAAGUUGCCCAGGUGGCAACCGGGGGACAUUUUGGGCUGCCUUUUAGACCUCGAGAACCAGCAAAUCAUCUUCUCGGUUAACGGGGUCAGUUUGCCCCCUACUGUCCACGUAUUCAGCAUGGCAAAGCAUGGAUUUUUCGCCGCCGCCUCUUUCAUGUCCUUUCAGCAGUGUCGUUUUAAUUUCGGGGCGGAGCCCUUUAAGUAUCCCCCUAAGGGGCCCUUUAGCACUUUUAAUCAGCAAGGGAGCCUAAGGGCGGAGGAAAAAGUGGUUCUGCCCCGGCAUCUUUUCUUGAAACAGCUGAGACAGCAAAACAUCGGGGAGGACAGUUGCACUCUGUGCUACGAUCAGAAGGCCAGUGUGCGGUUGCUGCCUUGUCGACACGAGGGAUUUUGCACUUCCUGCGCCGAACUGCUCGCCGAAUGUCCGAUGUGCCGCUCGCCCUUUAGUCAGUUAUUAAUCGACGAAACGCCGCCCACGUGACACAAACAAUUAUUCACGUGCUGGUCUUAAUUAUUUAUAUUUUUUUAAAUUUCAGAUGUUGUAUAUAACGAUUGUUGAAUUUUUAUAUCGUGAAGAUUUCAUCGUGAACCGAGGUUAUUUUUUUAUGUGGAAUCGAAAUGUUCAGGGUAUAAAAGAAGCUGUUUAUCCUAGGGUUUUUUUUUAAUUAUUGGGUUACUCACUCGCAUGCGAGUCUAAACAAUAAGCUGAAUAAGUACGCUACUAUCACCUGAAUCGAACGACGAUAUCUUUUUAUAUUUUGAUACUAGCCUAGGCGAUUUUUUAUGAAUAUAAUACGAGUAUUCUUUAGUGGUACUAAUUUUCUUGAAAGUUGCAUUUAUUUGUCAUAAUGUUUCGCGAUUCGAUCCAAAAAAAAAAUGUUCGAGUGCUAAAUCGGGUGAUCCGGUUGGCCCUUUAGGAGGUCGAGUCGCGAAACCCCUUUUUACCUGAAGAAAAUCCAUACAUAAGGCAGGAGUUUGAUGUUGUUAUUAUUAUUUCUCUGUUUAAUAUUAUACGUUGACUAAUUUACUUGUUAUUUUGUUCUUAGGCAUUUGUUUAAAAAAUUAACAAUUUAAUCUUAAGGGAUGGACGCUAUGAAAUUUAAUGUUUUAACAAUAAAAUUUCUUACAUGAG